AUGGCACUUCCAUUGUUGGCGGCAACGUAUUCCGCUAAUCCGCAGCCAUGUUUGAAAAAUCAGCUCUCCACAACUUAUUUCUACAACAGUACCCUCGUCGCAUGUGAUCACUACAAUAAAAGUGAUUUCUGUUAUUCGUAUACGGCUUUCGAUCUCAGCCGAAAAGCGAUAAUGAUCGCUUUUCGCGGCACAAGCGGAAACUUUGAGACAGUCGCCGAGAUAUUGGGAAUGUUAAAGAAAAAAGACAACUUUUUGAAUAUCGGCUUAAUUUAUGACUAUUUCUUCAAUGGAUUCUUCUUUUUGUGGCGCGCUGGCUUGGAGGCGCAAGUGAUGACGCUGAGAAAAGUCUACCCAACGUACGACGUCUAUAUCGUCGGGCAUUCACUUGGCGGAUCGUUGGCGUCUCUUUGCGCCGCGUAUCUCGUCAAACAGGGGCUUUUCGAACCGGAAAAGAUAAAAAUGAUGACAUUCGGGCAGCCGAGGACAGGCGAUGUGAGAUACGCGGAGUGGCAUGACGCCAAUAUUCCCUUCUCCUACCGUGUGGUCCACCACCUCGAUCCAAUUCCUCACAUUCCGCCACAAGAAGUCGAUCUGAUGCAUCAUCGUUUCGAAAUUUGGUACGACAAUGCGAUGACUACCGCCAACUACACAAUUUGCCCCUAUGGUGAUUUGAUCGGUCAAUGCGCGAACAGCAAGAUCAUGUGGCAAUUCGAUGACCACACGCACUACUACAAUACGGCGGUGAGCGAUUGGUGGAAAACGGAUUGCAAA